GACGCAGUAAAAGUCUGGCAAUUUCUCGUGAAUGUGAAAACGAUUAGCAAAGACAGCGAGUGUGUUACGGUUAAGAAUUUUGUUAAGCUUUAACUUGUUUAGAUUUUUCUAAAAUAUUCAAAAUGUCGUACCGUAAUAACGAUAGCAGAAUCUACGUUGGUAACCUUCCUCCUGACAUUCGAAGCAAAGAUAUAGAAGACUUGUUUUACAAAUUUGGAAAAAUAAAUUUCAUUGAUUUAAAGAACAGGCGAGGUCCCCCAUUUGCUUUCGUAGAAUUUGAAGAUGCUAGAGAUGCUGAAGAUGCUGUAAAUGCACGUGAUGGAUAUGACUACGAUGGAUAUAGGUUGAGGGUGGAAUUUCCUCGAGGAACUGCUCCAGGAAGGGGAUUUCAACCCCGAGGGCGUGGAAGAGGGCCACCUGCCCGAAGAUCACAGUAUAGGGUCAUUGUAACUGGAUUACCUCCUACGGGAAGUUGGCAAGAUUUGAAGGAUCAUAUGCGAGAAGCUGGAGAUGUGUGUUAUGCAGAUGUUUACAAGGAUGGAACUGGUGUGGUGGAGUUUCUGAGAUAUGAGGACAUGAAAUAUGCUGUAAAAAAAUUGGAUGACUCAAGGUUUCGGUCCCAUGAAGUAAGUUAAAUAGUCCUAG